CUUCCACACUAAACUAAGCGGCGCGGGACAUAGAGACUCAUUCGUGUACAGGAGAGUUGGACGCUUAUAUUUAACUUUUCUACAUCUCUCAAUCAUCGUAUUACUUCACGAUGCGCGCAAAGAGGCAGCAGGCGUCUCCCGCCUCCACCAGAAUGAACCUGCGCAGUUACAGGAACACGGCUGCGGUUCCCAUGGAAACCUCUUCCUCAGAUGACAGCUGUGACAGUUUCGGUUCUGAUGGUUUUGGGAGCUCGAAGAGACCAGUGAGAUCACCAGCUCUGUGCAAGAACGCGUUUGAACUUCCUGUGGCAGAGGAGGAAGAUGCCUGCAGCGGGUUUGACAACGACCUGAAUGAAGACAUGACCGACAUGAACAUGAAGUCUGACACCGAGACCUGUUCACCUCCCAGGAAAACUCGCCGAUCAUUCACACUUAAAGUAGCUAUGAAGUUCCCGCCGAAACGGGCCAGUCCCACGAAGCCUGCGGCACCUGAACCCAAACCGAAAACUGAGACCAAAGACCCUGAGGGUGGUAACUUCUUGCAGAAGAGAGCUCUGAACAUUAAAGAAAACAAAGCUAUGCUUGCUAAGCUCAUGGCCGAGCUGGAUAAAGUUCCCGGCCUCUUUCCUAAAAGGUCAUCUUUAUCUCAGGGCAGCACGCCUCGUGCUCCACGCCGCUCGAUGCCGCCCGGUUCUGCGCGGAGGAAUCCGGAGCGGGCGUCUCGCCCUCACACGCGUUCGCGUUCUCUGGUAGACGGACCGACCUCUCCUACUCCGGAGGAUGAGCUCGACGACAAGUACAGCCUCGUCCGAAAGGGCAGAAAUUAUGAUGAUACUGAAGAAGAGAGGGAACCGCGUCGGCGCAGUUAUAACACCUCUCUUACGAUUCCUCACGUCGUGAGGCCUGUGGAGGACAUCAGUCAGGCUGAACUGGACAACAUCUGCAUCAAUGUCAGAGAGAAGACUUACAACCGUGCCACUGGUUCCACUUGCCAUCAGUGUCGACAGAAAACAACAGACACAAAGACAAACUGCCGUAACCCGGACUGUGUGGGUGUUCGAGGCCAGUUCUGCGGGCCUUGUCUCAAGAACCGCUAUGGAGAAGAGGUCCACGAUGCACUCCUGAACCCGGAGUGGCACUGCCCCCCAUGCAGGGGUAUCUGUAACUGCAGCUUCUGCCGGGCCAGAGAGGGGCGCUGUGCUACAGGUGUGCUGGUGUACCUGGCCAAGUACCACGGCCAUGACAACGUCCAUGCUUAUCUGAAAAGUUUAAAGACAGAAUUGGAAGAGGCUGAAUAAAACCGGACCUGCGUUUAGAUGAAUUCAAGAAUAACGUUCCAGACUUCCUUCAACCUUUUAGCAUGAUUUGUAGCUUCCUUAAAUCAACUGCACAUGUUCAGACUUGGUAGACCGACGUCUACAUGAAAGGCUUUUUAAAUUUGCAUUGUUUUAAAUGUAUAAUAUAAUUUUUUUGUUUGUUUCUAAAGGGAGAGGUUUUAUCUCUGUACUGUAUUGAUGGUUUUUAAUUGCUGGCUGCAAUACUUCAGCGUUAUUGGAAUCUGUAGAUUCUCGCGUUUUGAGCUUUAGCGCUGUUUUAACUGCGCUGUGUACUGCUGUUACACAAAUAAACGUUG